UUCCGAAACAUAAAUCACUUUCCACCAUUUUUUCCUAUUGCUCCUAGAACAAAGAACCGAACACAUCAAUUAAUCACCUUCAUUGCGGCUUAUUUGAAUUAUCUUUAAUGCCCUGUUCCUCAACUCAUACUCAGCAGAAACCUUGAAAUCAAAUUAAAGAACAACAACAACAAGCCCUCCCACCAUGGACGCAAACAUGAACAACCUCCUCAAAUGGAGUAUCACAAACUCCACCUCUCAACAAUCAGACAACCCCAAUGCCUCAAAUAACACCCCCAAUGCUACUGCCCGCGGCCUCACCCCAGAAAUGCUCUCGGCUCUUUUCGGCGGUCCCUCCGACGCCGACCUAAUGAAAGCCGCCAUGGAAGCACUGCACUCCGAUGAAGUUGACCUUGAGAACAAACUGAUCGCAUUCGACAACUUUGAACAGCUCAUCGAGUCUAUCGAUAACGCAAACAAUCUAGAGCCCCUCGGCUUGUGGACACCGCUGGUCGGACUCCUCAAGCACGAAGAAGCAGAGAUGCGACGCAUGGCUGCGUGGUGUAUCGGAACCGCCGUGCAGAAUAAUGAAAAGGCUCAGGACAAGCUCAUCGUCUUUAACGCUGUCCCUACGCUUGUCGACCUGUCGACCACAGAGCCGAACCCGGCUGCGCGGAAGAAGGCUGUCUACGCUCUUUCCUCGGCCGUCCGCAACUACCAGCCUGCCAUGGAUGAGUUGGUAAAGCAUUUACCCGAGGGUUACAUCCAGGGAGAGAAGGUCGAUGCUGGCGAUAUGGAAGCUGUUGAUGCUAUUAUGGAUAAACUGAGGGCCCAUACUGUCCCUUCGUCUGCUUAGGACUUGGUCGUGCUUAGGGUUGUUUGAGUUUUCGACGCCUUGAUAUGGCACGUUUCAAUAGUUGCUCGCACGCGCGGUUGUAAGGGUUCCCCUCGAAGACAGAUAAACGUUUUGCCUUCAACAACCGUUGUCACCAUGGUUUGGUGACUUCCUGUUUAGAAUUCAGAUCUGGAAUACCAUUGACGACUGGUGGGUGUACCAUAAUAGGCUCCUGUCGAUCUGUCUCUGGGAAUAUUAUCCCGCCUCUUCGCCUUUAGGCUACGUGAGUACAUACGGAUCCGGAUCAUGUUUCAUGUAUUCGUAACCAGGCUUGGCGAAGCCUGGUUACGUAUGAACGCAGAAAGAUGUGCUUUAAUGGAGCCGCCUGGUUAUAAAAACGAUAGACAAAGGA